AAAAGAAUUAGAAAUUACAUUAACACCCCCACUCCGUCCUUCCACCAGUUACUAACUAUGGAGUACAGCAGAAAAACCAACACCGCCGGUGAUUCGCCUACAUCAUCAAUUUCUCCUGAUCCGGCGGUGAUUCUCAGCCCGUGCGCAGCUUGCAAGAUCCUCCGGAGGCGGUGCGGCGAGAAGUGCGUGCUGGCGCCUUACUUCCCGCCCACCGACCCACUCAAGUUCGCAAUUGCCCACCGUGUUUUCGGAGCUAGCAACAUUAUCAAGUGUUUGCAGGAACUUCCAGAAGAUCAAAGAGCAGAUGCAGUAAACAGCAUGGUUUACGAAGCGAAUGCUCGGGUACGGGAUCCAAUAUACGGUUGCACGGGCACAAUUUGCCAUCUCCAAAACCAAAUCGGCGAGCUCCAAGCUGAACUCGCAAAGGCACACGCGGAAAUCUUUAACAUGCAAUGCCAAAACUCGAAAUUGUUCGAAUUCAUUUCCAUCCGGAACGUUCUGGAAAACUCGCGACAAGCAGAAAUGCAGCAGCUUCCGUUGUUUGAUGAAAACUCGUCGUCAAACUUCUUUACCGAUGAAGCCAAUUUGGAACUUUCUAAUUGGGAAACUCUUUGGACAUGAAAUAUAUAUAUAUAAUGCAUACAUAGACAUAUGCAUAGUACUUAGGAAAUAAUUACCAAUAAUAAAGCAAAUCAUUUAAUUUUUAUAUUAUUUAAUUUUAUUUUUUUGUAACCCUGAUCAUGUCAUUAGCAAUAAAAGCUAUGGCUGAGGGGGUUUUAGGCCUUGUUUGCUUACCUAUAUCUAUUAUUAACUCCGUGCUACUAACUAUUCGUCUCUUUAGAAGGUAUUAAAAUUUGGUAUUAUACGAUUAUUUUUCAAUAACAUCACUACUUUACAAUAAUCGCAUCCUAAUUUAUAGUAUUUAUGGACAAAUUUGACCUUUUCCUAUUUAGUCGCUAUAAUUAAUCACGGUGGGUCGAGCAACUACUAAUUUUAUUGGAUAGCAGCAGUUAAGGUGGUGUUUGCAAAAGCGUUUACAAAUAGAUUAUGAACUUUUUCUUUUGUUGCUCAUAAUCUAUUUAUAAGUGUUCGAAAAAUGAACUUUUGUUUUUGCUUCUCUUAAAAUAAGCAAUGUUAAGCAACCAUAACAAUGCUUUUUAUGCCUUUUCAUGCCUUUUCUGUUUAAGUUUAGUGUCCGGUAAAUUUGUAAACACCCUAGAAAUAAGC